CCCAUAGUGGGCGCUCUCAAAACAUCCCACGAGCUUUACAACUCCAUCUUCCAAACCUUCCUUCCGCUCUCCAAAAUCCCAUCUCUCUGCGCAACAUGGCCCUCGAAACCUGGCUCAGUAAGGUCAAGAACGCCGUCUCCAACAAGUUCGAUGUGGUUCGAACCUCAUCUUCAACCACCCUCAACACCCAACCCACCACCACCGCCUCCUCCAAGAAAUCCCCAAACGUCGGCGUUUUGGCGUUUGAGAUUGCCGCCCUCAUGUCCAAGCUUUUGCAUCUAUGGCAGUCCCUCUCCGACACCCACAUUAUUCGCCUUCGAAAUGAGUCUCUUUCCCUUGAGGGUGUCCAUAAAAUCGUCUCCAACGAUGAGCCCUUCCUCCUCGGCCUCGCCUGCGCCGAAAUGACUGAAAAUCUUCGACUUCUUGCUAACUCUGUUUCCCGUUUGUGUAUUAAAUGUAACGACGCCGAUCUCCGGUCGUUCCACCGGGCCUUCGACGACUUCGCCGACUCCGGCCGCGAUCUCCACAACUGGAUAUUGAAGGAGAAAGAAAUGGAGUGCAGGAACAAGAGGGUGGAGAGAUUAGUUACAGUCACGGCGACCCUCCACAAAGAAAUGGAUGAGCUUUCAGUAAUGGAAGCUGGUUUGAGAAAAGCAGUGGCAAAUUUACAGUCAUGUCAGCAAGAGAACAGCUCGCCAUUGGAGCAGAAAAUCAUCGAUCUUCAACAGAGGAUCGUUUGGCAGAGACAAGAAGUUAAGUAUUUAAAAGAAAAAUCCCUUUGGAACAGAACAUUCGAUACAGUGAUGUCAAUUCUAGCAAGAUCAGUUUUCACAACUCUAGCCAGAAUCAAAUUUGUUUUUGGUUUGGGUCAAUUUCCUUCGUCUCUCCCACGUAGCCUCUCCGCCUCCGCCGCCGUCCACCCACUCAAGAACUUAAACGACAACGGCAAGGAAUUUCCGGUGAGUAAAAAUGCAUUUUUUGAACCCAAUUCUAAACUCCUCAAGCCGCCUAUGUCCACUUUAGGGGCCACGGGGUUGGCCCUGCAUUAUGCCAACUUGAUCAUAGUCAUGGAUAAGAUGAUCAAAUCGCCUCAAUUGGUGGGCGUGGAUGCUAGAGAUGAUCUUUACUCGAUGCUACCGAAUAGCGUUCGGUCGGCGUUGAGAGCGCGGUUGAGAGGGGUUGGUUUCACGGCAAGCGAUCCGUCGUUGGCAGGGGAAUGGAGGGAGGCGAUGGGGAGGAUAUUGGAGUGGCUGUCGCCAAUGGCACAGAACAUGAUAAAAUGGCAAAGUGAAAGGAGCUUUGAACAGCAAAAUUACAUGGCGCCAAAGACGAAUGUGAUGCUUUUGCAGACGCUUUAUUUUGCUAAUAAGGAUAAGACAGAAGCUGCCAUUACAGAAUUGCUUGUGGGGUUGAAUUAUAUUUGGAGAUUUGAAAGGGAAAUGACUGCUAAGGCCUUGUUUGCCUGUAACAACUUCAUUGCCACAUGAAAAUGGGAGAAAAAAAAACCAUAUUUCUUGUGAUUUUUCUUGGGAAACUCUCAUCAUCUGAACGCUUCUGCUGUAUAUUUUAUCAUACAAAGUGUAUGUAAAUGAUAUGAUGAUUUUAAUAUGAGAAUCAAAAGAUGGAAGGAAAAAAGUG